CGGCAAGACCGAGACCAUCCCUUCCCACAGGCAUCGCAAGUGCUGCUACAUUGAAAUUACAGAUUGGGAGGGAGAGUGCAACAGGGUUUCGGGGAGCGGUGGGUUGCCUCAACAGAUGCAAAUUCCUGUGCAAGUUGUCAUGGCCCUCGGUCCGAAAGAAACGGUGUUGCAUUCACACAACUGACACUGGAACGAUGACACCUUUUUGGAUUAAGUUGCCCAUGGUGUGUCGCUGCUGAAAUUUGCGCAGGAUGACAGUUCACGUUGCGUCGCUGCCUGGUGGUAAACUUUGGACACUGGUUCUGCGGCUGUUUCCGUUGCUUCUUGUGAAGGCGACAAUUGGCUCACCGGUGUCCAGCAUCAAGGUUGUCGAGGACGUCGCAGCGGAGGGCUUUCUGGAGAAAUAUGGCUAUCUGCACCAGGAAGACCACAGACACAAUGAAGUGGAAGUGUCCUCAGCCCUCAGGGAUUUCCAGUGGCUGUCCCACCUGCCGGUUACGGGACAGCUGGACAGCCCCACCCUGCAGCGGAUGUCUGCCCCCAGAUGCGGGGUGAAGGACGGGGGCAGCCAGCGCGCCUGGGCCAGGAGGGUGGAUGGGAUCUUCCUGCGCGGCACUGCCCCCGGUGGCCAGCGCAGGCGCAGCAAGCGCUACACCCGAAUAGGGGAGAAGUGGUACAAGCGGCACCUGACGUACCGGAUCGUGAACUGGCCGCGGCACCUCUCUGAGCGGCAGGUGGGCCUGGCUGUGCUCACGGCCUUCCAGCUCUGGAGCAACGUGUCGGGCCUGGCCUUCCAGGAGGCCGCCCAGGGGCCCGCUGACAUCCGGCUGGCCUUCUACGAGGGCGAGCACAACGACGGCUCGGGGAACGCCUUCGACGGCCCAGGGGGAGCCCUGGCACACGCGUUCUUCCCCUGUCGGGGUGAGGCGCACUUCGACAUGGCGGAGCGCUGGACGCUGGACGGCUUCAAGGGGCACAACCUGUUCAUGGUGAUCGCGCACGAGAUCGGGCACACGCUGGGGCUGGAGCACUCCCCCGUGCGCCACGCCCUGAUGUCCCCCUACUACAAGAAGCUGGGCAAGGCCCUGGUGCUGAGCUGGGAUGACAUCACCGCUGUGCAGCAGCUCUAUGGAAAGCCCUCUGGAGGCCAGGUGGUCCAGCUCCCAGGCCAGGCGUUCAGCUCGGCCCUGCAGGACCUGGAGCUGGCCCAGGGGGGCAUGGGAGACCCCGACUCCACCGUGCCCCAGUACUGCCAGGGCCUAUUUGAUGCCAUCACUGUGGACCAGAAUGGCUCGGUUCUGGUGUUUCGGGGCGGGCUGUUCUGGACGGUGUCGGCCCAGGGGAGCGUGAGCCCACCCCUGCCUCUCCGCCAGCGCUGGCCCCAGCUCCCUGUCGCCAUAGAGGCGGCUGCUUUCUCUCCCUCGGACAGGAAGUUCUACUUUUUCAAAGGUAGGCGUAUGUGGCGCUAUUCCGGGGAUGACCUCGACCCCGGCUUCCCCAAAAGGAACGAGGAGCUGGGCCUCCCCCGACACCCGGACUGCGCCUUCUUCUACACCCCAUUAGGGCACAUGGUCUUGUUCAAAGGCUUCCGUUACUUUGUCCUAAACCUGAAGACCCUGCGCCCCGAACCGUACUACCCCCGCAGCCUGGCCGACUGGAAGGGGGUCCCGCGCCAGGCCAACGGGGCUCUGAGCUGGACCGACGGGCGCCUCUACUUCUUCCGGGAGCAGAAGUUCUGGAAGUUCAACCCGGGGAAAGUACGGGUGACGGGCGGUGGAAAUUGGGCCCAAGACCUGGAGUGGACUGGGUGUCAGAAACCCGGUGGAGGCAAUGACAUUCUUUGACCACCAGAGGGAGCCCUACCGCUGAAACAAAGGCUUGGCCCAUUAUGGCCUUGGGUUACGUGCAAUGUAACGCCGAUCGCUGUGCGUAAAAACUGUACUCAACGAUUUCCAUGGUUACCUGGCUGGUCGGACCUACGAGCAAGCUGUCAGAUUCAUGAACAAUAACUGAAAAUACUUGCAAAAUGGCUGUCAGAAGUCAAACGCAGAAAUCUCUGAAUGUAAUAUUGGGAAAGGAUGAUUGGAAUUAUUUAACAAGAAUGAAAUACAAUAGUAAAACAUAAUAGUAUGUGCACAAUAUGUUUCAUUUUAGAAUGGUGGCGAGUUACCCUAUUUUCUCUGUGAUGAAUAUCCACAAUGUAGUACAUAUUUAUAAUAUUUUUAAGGACAUUUUAAAUGUUUCUGGUUGCACGCAAGGUGUUUCUUUAGUGAUAAUACAGAAAUAGUUUAUCCUACCCCAUUUCUUUCAUCGCAAAAUUGGAGCUGGGCGAUAAAUAAUUACUGUUCAGAAUAUUUCAGAGUGCAAUAACCCCACCGCCUGGUGGCGUAGUUGCUUUCUUUUUGUCUUUUGCGUAGCAACCUUAUGCUGUUUUGCAUUCUGUUUUGAGUACUCAGUGAACAGAGCUCAGUGAAGCUCUCCUGUAAAAUGUACCGUACACAUGGGACUUGUGGGACACAAGUUAUAGUGAGAUGACAUCAUGGCUUAUUUGAAAAUAAAAAUAAUUUAAAAAGAAAUAAUACGUAAUAUUUUAAAAUAUAUAACAUUAAACAAUUAGCAUUAUUUCAGUCGCAUCACAUCACAUUGUAUGCACUGACCAAUGGUGGUUUCAGAAUCCUAGCCCAAUUUGGAUCCAUUCAUUCAGUGCACGCAUCCAUCUGCUUCCCUCUAGUGGCAGCUGUAGUGUAUUGCAUACAAAAGUUAAAUUAAAUUGAAAAAAGCUGCUCUCCACCAGUUCAGUGGGUCCACCUCCAAACCUCAGAAU